AUCGGCUCGAGGGUUGGUGCUGGGCGGGAAAGUCGGGGCUGAGCGCCCGCGGGGCUCCUCACAGAGGGAGAGCGGGCGUGGGGCGGAGACCCUCGGUUCGGCGGCGCCGGGGUCGGUGACACCGCUCACCGCUGUCAGCGCUGUUCGCCUGAGUGCGCUUUAAAAGCUCGGAAGGGCCUUCACAGGAUGGGUGCAGCGAUCUCUGCAGAGCACCCAAGCGGCUGCGGCGUCCCAGAACCGCUGUGCUGCUGAGGACAAAGCCCACAGCCCCAAGGACUGCCCCGUCUGCUCCUACAACGAGUGGGACCCCCUGGAAGAGGUCAUUGUGGGAAGAGCUGAAAACGCCUGUGUUCCUCCUUUUUCUGUGGAGGUCAAGGCCAAUACAUAUGAAAAGUAUUGGGGAUUCUAUCAGAAAUUUGGAGGUGAAAGCUUCCCCAAAGACCAUGUGAAAAAAGCUAUUGCUGAAAUUGAAGAGAUGUGCAAUAUUUUGAAAAAAGAAGGUGUAAUUGUCAAGAGGCCUGAUCCAAUUGACUGGUCUGUGAAGUACAAAACUCCUGAUUUUGAAUCUACGGGUAUGUAUGCUGCCAUGCCAAGAGACAUCCUGCUGGUGGUAGGAAAUGAAAUCAUUGAAGCGCCUAUGGCCUGGCGUGCUCGUUUCUUUGAGUACAGAGCAUAUAGGCGAAUAAUUAAAGAUUACUUCAACAAUGGUGCUAAAUGGACAGCUGCUCCCAAACCCACAAUGGCAGAUGAGCUCUAUGAUCAGGAUUAUCCUAUCCGCUCUGUUGAAGACAGACAUAAACUGGCUGCUCAGGGAAAAUUUGUAACUACUGAAUUUGAGCCAUGUUUUGAUGCUGCUGAUUUCAUUAGAGCUGGAAGAGAUAUCUUUGUCCAAAGGAGUCAGGUUACAAAUUACAUGGGCAUUGAAUGGAUGAGGAGACAUCUUGCACCUGACUACCGAGUGCAUGUAAUAUCCUUCAAGGAUCCAAACCCUAUGCACAUUGAUGCCACGUUUAAUAUCAUUGGACCUGGUCUUGUGUUGUCCAACCCAGACCGUCCCUGCCAUCAGAUUGAGCUCUUCAAGAAAUCAGGCUGGACAGUGAUUCAUCCACCAGUGCCACUCAUCCCAGAUGAUCACCCACUGUGGAUGUCUUCUAAAUGGCUUUCCAUGAAUGUCCUAAUGCUGGAUGAGAAACGUGUGAUGGUCGAUGCCAAUGAGACUUCAAUUCAGAAGAUGUUUGAAAAUUUGGGCAUUUCUACAAUUAAAGUGAAUAUUCGCCAUGCUAAUUCACUGGGAGGUGGUUUCCAUUGCUGGACAUGUGAUAUCCGCCGCCGUGGUACCCUGCAAUCUUAUUUUGACUAGUCACAAGCCAGCUAGGCAGCAAUGGUUUAGCUUCAAAAAUAAGCAUAGGGAAUGAGCUCAUGCAACCUUUUUAACAGAAGUGAAAUUAAUUUGUUCUAGUGCUUUAUCAGUGGUGUCCUUACAGUGGUCUAGGGAGUGAUUUGUUCUUAAGUACUCUCACUUUAAGCAGCAUAAUUGAAACAACUUCCAUCAGCAAUGCAGACUUUCUGGCUGGCUUUUUGAAAGACAUCCUUUAUCUGUGAAGCCUUUUCACGUUGGAUUUGAACGUAAAGACAAGACAGCUAAAGGCUCUUGCUAGAUGAGCUUGGUCACUAACACUGGACAUCUACCUCUGUCUACUACUCUAUGAAAUAGGCAGCUUGAAAUGUUAAGCUUGAAUUAACAUUUCUUAUUCCUUUUUAAUCAGUUUAUUAUUCUAAUAUGUUAGUGUUUGAUGCAGUUAAAACAGGUGCAUCUGUACAGAUUUCUUAUAGAACCGAGUAAUUUCAUAAUGCUUUUCUUGUUGGACCAUACAGAGAAUUUCUAGUAUGAUCUGACUUUAAAACAUUAUUUUUAUUUACUUGUGAUGUCCUUCUGCAUUUUCUUCUAACACAUUUGUCAUGCAUCUGAACACAUUUUUAUAUUACUUUUUGUAUUGCUGAAAUAGGUUCUUUUAUUUAACUUUUAAAAAUAUAUAAAUGAUAGCUAGUAGUCUUCAUCUACGGGUUUUACUGUGAAUUGUUUACAUAACUUAAAAACAAAACAAAACAAAAAAAAAAACACAAAAAAUGGAAAGCAAAAAGAAAACACAAAAAGACACAACAUGUCUCCUAGCUCAAACCUCCAACACUCUAACAACCUCCCUCAACAGUAGCAGGUACAGAAAUUUGAGUAUUGAUUACUGAAUAUGUACUUUUUAUGCUAAUAAACGUUUUUGCCUUC